ACCCCUAUUUUCUCGAGAUAAGCAUUAAUUAUCAGAGGUAGAAAGAAUGGCUGAGGCGGCACCAACUGAGGCGUCUAGUUUAGUCGGAAAGCUUGAGACAGAAGUGGAGAUCAAAGCUUCGGCUGGAAAGUUUCAUCACAUGUUUGCAGGAAGACCGCAUCACGUCUCCAAAGCAUCUCCAGGUAACAUUCAAGGUUGUGACCUGCAUGAAGGGGACUGGGGCAAAGUCGGCUCUAUCGUCUACUGGAACUACAUUCAUGACGGGGAGGCCAAGGUGGCAAAGGAGAGGAUCGAGGCAGUGGAGCCGGAGAAGAACUUGAUCACGUUCAGGGUUAUAGAAGGUGAUCUGAUGAAAGAGUACAAAAGCUUCUUGCUCACGAUCCAGGUGACCCCUAAGCAUGGAGGGCCGGGGAGUAUUGUGCACUGGCACCUUGAGUACGAGAAGAUUAGCGAGGAGGUUGCUCAUCCCGAGACUCUCCUCCAGUUCUGUGUUGAAGUCUCCAAAGAGAUCGACGAACAUCUCUUGUCUGAGGAAUAGAGGAGAGUACCCCUCGUUUAAAAAUCCUAUCAGUACUUGUAUGUGCGGUUGAGCAUUUCGAUUUCAGUCUUUGAAAAUUUAAUAAUUAAAAAAAAAGGUUUAAUAAUUAAUGAUAUAAAUAUAUAUAUAUAUAUAUAUUUUUU